AAUGUAGUUCUAGGAUUUUGUGAGUUGUGGUUAUGGGAGAGAAUUUUGCGUACCCCCUUGUAUUUCGAAUGAAUUGGUUGAGGUUGUUUAUCUCUAUAUUUUGUACUCUCAUGAUUAUAUAGUGUAUUUCUCAUCUCCUUUGUGUACGUAGGUCGAUUGAUCGAACCACGUUAAAUCUUUAUGUGUUUUGGUAUAUUUCUUGUUUGUCUUCUACUCAUGAUCUUCGAGGUGUUUUGUUAGCUUUCGCGUCACACCUGCUUAUUUUUUGUCCUAACAAGUGAUAUUAGAUCCACGAAUCAAUUAUGGAUCCAGGUUAGACAUAGGUGUUCAUCUUGGGCGGGUGUAGUUCUAGACACAAACCUUUUUGACAGUAAUGAAGAAUUUUGUUGAAGAAAUUGUUUCAGAGAGGUUCUCUGUGUCGAAAUGUAGAUUUGAUGAUUCUGCUAGUUUAGAAAGAAAGGAGAAGAACACCACCGGAGGCAAGCGCUAGGUCAGAAAGGCGAUAACUAAAAAAUCUCCCCAAGUAGGAAUCGAACCUACGGUUCAUGGUCACUGUUCUCGCUGUCCCAUCACUAUAUAGUGUGGUUGGCGACUUUGAAGGCUUAUCCGCUACGAAGCACCCCGUUUGUUGAUUAUGCCCUUCUUGGUGAUGAUAUCCUAAUCACCGACAAGAAGGUGGCCAAUCAGUACAGUAGGUUAUUGGAUAGACUCAGUGUUACCAUUUCAUUUGCUAAAUCAAUAGUAUCUGAAAAUGGCAGUCAACAAAGGUUUAGUGCUUCUCUUACACUUCACCUUCCCCCUAAAGGGUAGUUUUCAUUCGAAAUAGUGCUAUUCAAUUGGUCAAUCCUUAGAACUCUGAAUGGAGGUAGAAAGGCUUGGCCCCCAUCGUCUAGUGGUUUAGGAUAUCUCUCUUUCAAGGAGAAAUCGGGGAUUCGAAUUCCCCUGGGGGUAGGGUACUACGAAAGGAAAUUGAUCAUGGAUUACCAA